CAGAAACUUUAAACCAGCCAUUGAUAAAGAAUGUGCAGCUACCGACACAUUUAGUAAAUUAAAACUGAAAAAUAACAUCAUUCUAUAAACAUAAAUUAACACGGAAAAUAUGAUACCACGGGGAGUGAUUUCUGUAUUUCUAUUAGGACUUUUGUAUCACAAUGCUCACGCCCGAGGAGUAGAGUACGAGUUUCCAACAGAAUAUGGCGUUACUGUAGUGGCAAUGAAGAAUAUAGAUCAAGCUAUUAUCCAUAAUGAACGCAUCUUGAUUGACUUUUACACACCAUGGUGCCAUCACUGCGCAAUUCUUGAGCCUGAUCUGAUAGAAUUAAACAAACUUUUGAAAUCCCGGGGCUAUAACAUCAAGGUUGCUAAGGUUGACGUCACGAAGGAUGACAACAAAGAACUUAUAAACCGCUUCCGGCCUGAGGGUUAUCCAACUAUGAUUCUAUUCCAGAACGGAUCCGCCACUCAGUACCCUCACAUUAGAAGCCGAAGACCAGUUGAUAUGCUUAAUUGGAUUGAGAAAAAGUCGGGAUCAACGUUUGUUGAGGUGAAGGAUGCUCGUGAUGCUUUAAAGCAGAUCAAUAUGUAUAGUGCAGCGGCCCUUGGACUUUUUAAGGAUCUCAACUCAAAAGAAGCUAAGGCAUUCAAGAAACUGGCCCGGACAAACGAUGAGGUGCCAUAUUUUAUCACAUCCGCCGAAGAUGUCUUUGAUGAACUUGAUGUUAAAGAGAGUAAUAAACUGAUUCUCUUCAAAAAGUAUGAUGAACUGAGGAACGUUUAUGAAGGUGAAUACAAUGUAAAAGACAUGGAGGAAUUUAUAAAUUGGCAUACCAUUCCUAUAAUGAAUACGUUCAACUCAGAGAGUGCACCAAAGUUGUUUGGUAAAGACAGUCCCAUAAACAAUUACCUGAUGAUAUUCGCCAGCGAGAAAGACAGAAACUUCGCAGCUAUCAUGGAAAUAAUGACAUACUGUGCCCUUGACUUUAGAAGAAAGGUUUAUUUUGUUUAUGUCAAUUGUGACGAUCCUCAGUUCGAAGGUAUGCGAGCACAUAGUGGAGUCAAGUCAGAAGAUUGCCCAAAAUAUAUGUUCGUCACUUUGACCAAUGAAGGCAAAAGCGCUGAUAAAUAUCUACCUCCGUCACAAAGUUGGGAGGUCGACGAUAUAAAACAAUUUACCAAUGAUGUACUUGACGGUAAUCGAGAGAAACAUUACCUUUCCGAGGAUACCCCUGAAGAUUGGGAUUCAGAGGAUGUUAAAAUUCUGACGGGAGGAAACUUUGAUUCAGUAGCUAAAAACAAAGAAAAUAGCGCAUUUGUGUUCUUUUAUGCGCCAUGGUGUCAGCAUUGCCAAGCUCUUCAACCAUUUUGGGAGCACUUAGGGGAGAUAUAUUCUGGCAGAGAUGACAUCAUAAUUGCCAAGAUUGACGCUACAAGAAAUGAAAUUCCUGGUUUUCUUGUGACCGGCUAUCCAAGGCUAAUGUUCUUUCCAAAAGGAAGUGAUGAGGUUGUUGAUUACAAAGAGGAGAGAUCAAUGGAUGGCCUAACCAAAUUUUUAGAGGAAAAAGGCAUCCCAAAAACCUUAAAUGAAAUCGAGGCCGAACCCGAUGAAGACGAGGCCGAGGUCAAGGACGAACUAUGACCUAUUCAGCAUCUACUUUCUAUGCAUUACUUCGUUAUAUCUAUGUAGAUGAAUUGUUUUAAUAUACAGAAAUAAAUGAUAUAAAAUCGAUAA